CUGGAUUUUCUAGCUGACGAUCGCCUAACAUUAUUCAUAACGCACGGCGGCGCUGGAAGUUUGCUUGAAAGCGCUACAUCUGGCAAACCGCUGAUUGUUGUACCCCUUUUUGGUGAUCAGAUGAGAAACGCAAAACUAGUUGAAAAGUUUGGAUUUGGAAUCACGUUAAGUAAAGAGAGUCUUGCGAACACCGUUUUGAUGCGGGAUGCGAUACAGAAGAUUUUCGAGGAUAAAAAGUACACCAAAGCUGCUCAACGAAUUCGUGAUCUUCUUGCCAAACGACCAUUCACGCCGGAGGAAAAGCUAGUGAAAACAGUAGAAUUAGCAGCAGAGUUUGGCCACAUUCCAGAAUCAUAUGUAGCAGGGCGAAAUUUGAAUGUUAUCGUAUAUUAUAACCUAGACAUAUAUUUCUUGUUUAUAGUUGUAUGCUUACUUGUUGUAUUUGCUUUGUUAUGUGGUUUAAGGAAGUUACUGAAGUUACUAACAGUCAAACCUAAUUCCGAAAAAAUUAAGGAUCAGUAG